UUUGCACCGAUACCUUGCCCAGAUCAUUCUACUCGGUUCCAUACAUUUCCAGAAUAUUCUAGCAUCUACUGUGAGCUUUUAAAAAUGAGUUUUCGCCGCUUACCCUUUCAGUUUACUGCUGUCAAUCCCUCAGAGCGUCAAGCUGAAAUAAGAAAGCGAUUUGGAUUAUCAAACCCGAGUGAUAUGAUCUUAGAUUUAGAGAAUUCAACCAACAUGGGCGCAGGUAACAGGGAUUCCAAUUCGGCAACUUCCAGCCCUAGAUUACAACAUAGAGUUCCAGUGUUUGUGGAGGAUCCUGAUCCCUGGAUUUCCGAGAAAUCUCGAAGUAAUAAUGUAGACAAUGGAAGGAAGCCAAACGUGAGAGUGAUUCCAAUUGAAUAUGAAGGAGAUAGGAAACCAGUAAGGCAAAGGAACUUUUCUGGGCCAGCAGGAAUCCAACAGAAUAAUAGUGUUCAAGAUGGACUCGUUGAAAAUGACAUUAAACCAGUGAAGCAUACUAUGUCCACCAUGACUCUGCCUAACAGAAAAAGAGUGCCUAGUGGUGAAACAAAACCUCGUGUGUACAACAUUCCAAUACAGAUUGAGAAAAGAGAGAACUGCAAUGAGCAUGUCAAAAAACCAAAUUUGAAUUCAUCUCCUAAAGAGGUAAAACCAAAUGGUUGUAAGGUUACUAAAACAAGUUCAGAGAACGAACUGCAAAAAUCUGAAGAGAAGAUUCCAGAGCCAGGAUUCAAGCUGCAACUCAAAAAAGUUGAAGAUGUAUUGGAUGAUUUAAAAUCAUAUGCAUCCGGGGUCGAAAGUUUUUCUGGUACUGCAAAUGAUAAACAAUAUAGAUACUUAGAUGAAAUGCUGACAAGAUUAAUGUUGCGCUUAGAUGAUAUAGAGACAAUGGGCAAUUCUGAUGUCAGAAAUGCUAGAAAAGCUGCAAUUAAGAAAGUUCAAUCAUAUAUUGAUCUUCUAGAAACAAAAAUCAAUUCGGAUUCUGUAGAAAAAGAUGCGGAGUCUGCUAUUGCUUCUGGUGAUAUUAAAGAAAGUGAUAAACUGGACAUUGUUGAAAAUUCUGUUACUCCAGAAAAUGACAUGCCAGAGUCCUCUACAGAACAUGUUGAACUUCAGGAAGUACCCGAAAUAGAGAUGACGGAGGCUAAUGUGACUGAAGUAGGAGAAUUAGUGGAGCAUAAUAAAACAGAUUUAGAUCAUCAUGAAGCUGAAAAGGAACCUGAAACACAGAUGAUGGAAGGGGAUCUAACAUACUGUGGAAAACUAGAAUGUAACAAAACAGAUUCCGAUCAUCAUGAAACUGAGAAAGCACCUGAAAUAGAAAUGAUAGAAGGGUAUGCAACAUCCGAGGGAAAGAGCGAGUUGCUUACUCCUACUAUGGAUGUUCCUGUAGGUUCAAAACUCAGUGAAGCAGACAUGAAUGAUCAAACAAACAGUUGUAAGGACUUAGAACUUUCACAUUCCAGUGACAGUAAUAAGCCAGAAUCUCAACCUGAAGUAGAGAUGGUUUUUGUAGGUAACUUGGAACCAUUAGAAUCUUGUGAUAAAGACAGACAGGUAACUAAUGAUACAGUAGAAAUGAAGGAAGCUUCUAGUCAGAAAACUUUGACAGGUAUAGAUAUGGUAGAAUCCUCGGAAAAAUCUCAAGAUGUGGGAAAUAAUGAUGAACAAUGUGCCCAAAGUUUAAAUGAUAACUGUGAUAUUGAAAUGUUGGAUUGUACCUCACAAAACAUAGAGGAAAAUACUGAAACUAUGUUGGACUGCAGUUUAAUCAUUCCAGAAAAUGCAUCUCAUAGUGAUAUGUUGCAAUCUAAUGUUAUAAAGACAGCACCUACAGAGAUUCUAGAUGAAGGGUCUGCUGUAACAACUUCAAAUCAUAACUCUGAACUGUUAAGGCCAAAAGUUGAUAAGGUAGAAUCUAAGCUUUCAGAUUUUGCUGAUAAUAAUGAUGUUUUAAAUAGAACUGAAAUCUGAUGGUGUUAAUUAAACUAGGUGAAAUUUGUUGCUGAAAACAUUUGCAUUUGUCUAGUUAUGUGAAUUACGCAUUAACUACUUGUACUUGCUAUAUUGUAAAUAUGUAUAUAGUUAAAAUAA